AAUCCCAUACGCACAUGUUCCCCUUGGUCGGCCCGGAACCAUCGGACUUGAAAGCCAUAGUUUAAAUAUAGUUAAUUGUUAGAAGUGCAGAGAAAAAGCAAAUCCACAAAUUCCCCCCCACAGAAACCAAAAAUAAAAAAGGAAAACAAAGAAAAGGACAGAGGCCCCGUGGUGUGGGGUCCAUUAAACCUCCUCCGCUCUACACGCUGCCCUUUCACUUCCUUCUCCUGAUAAUAAUAAUUUUAACCGAAUUUCUUUCUUCUACUGCUAUAUAUACCCUUCUCAUUUCUCUUUGCUUCUCGUCCAGCAUCUCGUAUGUUCUCUCUCUAGAAACCUUCUUGCCGGCCAAACACUCUCGUAUUUUCUCUCUCUAGACACGUCUCUUCUGUCCUGUUCUCUUCAGAUUUUUAUUGCAAUAACCAAACUCAACGUUGUCCUCCUUGUGACAUAAUCAUUCCUCUUCUAGAUUUUCGAUUUCUUUGUCUCCCGUCUUAGACAUAGUUUAAGACCUUAUUAUGGAUCAAGGAAACAGAAAGAAACGAACCCGGGAUGAGUUGGGCGUCUCGAGUUCCGAUUCUCCCGAGGUUAAACUAGCUCGGGUGGACUCGGAGGCUAACUCGCCCCUUGAUCUGGAACCUGACCGAGAUGAACUGGUUGAGGUCCGUGAAGAUUUGCUCAGCAUCUUCGAUGAUUCGGAUGAGCCAGUCGUUCAGGGGCUGGAGUCUGUUAUAAAAAGUUUUGAAGAGGAGAUUCACGUAGGGGUUCCGGUGCUGGAUAUGUCGUCAGAUUCUGGUGGUUCCCAAACGGACCUUGGUUACCUCCUAGAGGCCUCGGAUGACGAGCUUGGCUUGCCGCCGACGUUUGCUGUUGGCGAGGAGAAAGACGCCGCCGCUGUCGCCGUUUUGCCAGCGGAGGAGGGACCUGGAACUGUUGGUUUUGUUGAGAUGCUAGGGUUUGAGGAUGAGAUAGCGAGUUAUGACUCAUUUGAGCUUGGGCUCGUUGGUAACACGGAAGGAAAUCAUAAUUAUUGUGAUAAUAACGGAGAUUUUGUGGCGUUGGGUGGGUUGUUUGAUUUUUCGGACGAGAACUCGGUACCGGCCGAUAUUUCGGGAUUGCUGUGGCAGCCCGAGUUAUCGGCUUUGUGAAAAUAUCUAAAAAGAAUGAAGGAGUUUGUAGGGUAACCGUACGUUUCAGUAGGAAAAAAGCGUGUUCAUAUUGUGAUAUGAUGAUGUUUAGGCUGUAAAUUUUGGAAAGAAAGAAGUAAUCAGGGAAGAAAAAUAGGUGUUGAUUAUGCAUUAUUUUUCUUCA